GGCUCGUAGUACCCACUGCAGCCAUUGCACCGGCAACCUCCAUUCCUUUGUUUGCUUCUUCUCUGGCUGUUUAUGCCGAGAUUUCGCUCACUACAGACGUCAAUUGACUGGACGGAAGGCUUCGAAAAAGCUUGAAUCCGCAUACUUGGGUGAAAAACGUCCUCUGCCAGCGGUAGCCCAGAACCCUCAAGAGUGUCCGGUGUCUCUAUACUCGCCCUAUACGCUCCUUUACCAAUUCUCACAUUGACGCUGUGGUAAUAUCACCUAAACUCGUCAUCCCGAGUUGGGAAGCCCAUCUGGUCGACCUAGUUUCUGAGACGGAGGUCACUUGCUGCUCUCAAGCUCCCCUUCGAAGCACCACCGCUCUCACGGACGACCGUACCGAAUAUUGACUCGUAAAGCCACAAAAUGGGACGGCUGAGUUAUCCCUCCCAAGCGGACAGCCCUUCACGGCAGCUCCUUCUUGACCUCACGCGCGACCUCGAACAACUCAAGAUCCACAAUAAUGAGCUCAAAAAAGUCAAAGCUUACGAACGUCGUUCCUUCUACGAGAAUCUCGACCGCUUGGAUAGCGAACGCGAAGCCCAACACAAUGCGGCCCUUGACAAAGUAGCUCAAUUGCAUGAACAGGUGUUGGAAGAAGCCGAAGAAACAUUACGUGCACAUCAGAGAGCAGUGGAAGAGGAGAUUCGCCGGAAGCAGGAGGAAGCCCGAAGAGAGGCGGAACGCCAAGAGAGGGAGAGACUAGAAAAGUUACGACGGGAACAAGAGGAGGCCGCACGGCGAGAAGCCGAGCGCAAGGCUGCCGAGGAAGCUCGGAAGAAGGCAGAGGAAGAGGCAGAGCGGCAGAAGCGAGCGGCUCAAGAAGAACAGGAGCGCAAGGAACGGGAACGACGCGCGGAAGAGGAGCGCAAGAAGCAAGAAGAGGCAAGGAAAGCGGAGCAAGAGGCCGCAGACCGCCGGGCAGCAGAUGCACAGAAGGCCCAAGCAGAAAGGCAACGGCGGGUCGGCGGAGGCCGCUUAACUGAAGAUGAGGCCAAAGUUCACGCCCGCUACGUCGAACUCCACCAGCACCUGAAGAAAUUCCGCCAAUACCUCAAAGACGAAAGCAAGACGAAUGCGAUCGUGAAACAAAAUAUGGGCGAUAUCCGGCGAUCCAUUAAGAAGUGCAUUGGACAGCUUCGUGGAACCAAAGGAGCAAACAAAGCACAGAUUCAGGAAAUCCGGGCCACGCUCGAGAAGGCAUCUGCCAUCGCCGAGCCAUCGGUGGAUAUUCGCCAAUUCUUCGCCUUCCCUCCGGAGAGCAUCGCCAAUUCCGACGAUAACAAAGUUCCCGCUCUCCUAGUUUACGCUCUCAACAUCUUUUCCAAGGCCCUGAUUUCUGGACUCCUUCAAGAAGCUGGUAUCAAUAUCGGACAUGCGGAGCCGAUCGGCAUUGUGGCCGCACAGAUCUUUUCACUAGAUGCUUUCGUCUAUAAGGGCCACCACAUGAUUGACAUUCUAUUGGCUAAAUAUCGGGUCUGCUGCCCAGCGCUGUGGGGAUUUUGCGGCGACGAGAAGACCGAAGGUGGCCGGCGUGCCGUGGGUUGGCAGCGGGAUGGGCCGGACGGGCCUUGGAUUGGCGAGCAGAACCAUGCAGAACGGAUGACUGCCCUCGGCGCCGGAUAUGCUGCCUUGACUUUGCGCAACUUCGGGAAAACGACGCGCAGAAACCCAUUCCCCAACACUAUGUUCUGGCAAUCUAUGCACAAGAUCUUGUCCAUCCCCGCCGAUGAGAUCCAGGAUACUCAUAUUACCCUUCUGACUGCCAUGCUCAAGACAUCUGCCGAGCGAGUCGUCGGUUUCUUUGGACAUAUUGGAUUAGCCAUGAUGCGGUUAGCGAUCGUCGACCUUCCCAAAAAUCUUCCUCGACAGAGUAUGGCUGUCCAUCAGUUGAAAUUACUCAAGGAUCUCUACCAGAGAGAGAAGAAUAUCAUCAUCUGAGCGGCAGACAACUCAGGGACUUUUACAAUUAUCUACGAUCUUCUUGGGGAAUUGUAGGUUACACAACCGGAGCCGUCAGUAUCAUUCGGCCCUUGAUGUUGUGCACGCUCCCUGCAGAAAGUGGCAGCUCUUCAUCGAGUCUCGACCGAAAUAAAUCCGGGCCUCCGCCGUGAUCGACCAUGCCGGAUUGCAGCUCAAACUAUCCCGCACGCGCGCCUCUGGAACAGGCAGCGCAGGGCUUCCAGGGUAUACUGGCAUCAAUUAUACUCCAACGUACCACCAUCCCGAUCAGCACAUACUUAUCUCCGUCUGGCUGGUUGCAUCGCUUUGGUAUCUAUCAUCUUAAAUUCACCAGCCUCCAGGAAGGGGCGACAUUUAGCUAUCUAAGGAAUUCUAGCCAAAAGGUUAAUUAUACCGAG